AAAAAGAUUAGCAUCUCAGAAGUUUAAUAAUAUAACAAUGACGAUUUGUUUAAAAAUAACUUGUUAUUAUAACCACUGUCUCGUUAACCAUUUGUCUCGUUGAUUCCUUGACCAAAAAAACUAAAAAAAAACAGAAGAGAGAAUAAAAAAAGUUGAAGCCAUGGUAUCAGAAAACGAAUUUAUAGCGAUAAAAGACGACAUAAUUUGUCCUGAAGAUUUUGAUAAAAUAGAUUUGAAAUCUAAUACACCGGAGGACGUUGUUGUCGAUACACUUAAUUGUGUUUCAAAUGUCCGACUUGUUCAAAACAAUAACGGAUUAUCUUUAACUUUAAAGAAAACAAGCAUGGAUAUAACCAAAACUCGUCAGUAUAAAGAAAUCUAUGCUGAUAACUUGCGACAAUACAGUUUUUUGCUUUCAAAGCAACUUGGCAUUUCAAAUCAGUCUAACAACGAACUUCGUAAGCAAUAUUUACAAAGCAGACAAAGAGAGAGUGAAAGACGAAGCCUUCAGUGUAAAAAUGAAGAGAAAAAAAGUUCACCUGAAACAUACAAAAAAAGUACAUUGCAUUUGCCUUUAGUUUCAUUACGCUGUUCAAAUCGUGAUCUUCGAAAGUCUAGCUGUCCUAAUUUAUUAAGUCCAGUAAAUGAAGAACAAUUUAAUACUAAUAAACAUGAAGAAUCAAGUGAUUCAAAAUUUGCAAAUAGUUACCCAAUAUUAUCUAAAAAAUGUUCAAUGGACUUUAAUGAUUGUCAAAACAAUGAACAUCAACACAAAUCAACUGUAAUUAAUCACAGAAGUAAGACUGCAACCAAAAAAUAUAUUCAAAGAGGAUUUACUCAACCCAAUAUCCCAUUUGGUUUAAGAAGAAGUAAUGAGAAUAUAGGAAAUUAUCAAGCUCACUCGUUAACAAAUCUAGCUUUACCACUUAGUGAAAUGGAAUCAAAUGAGAAUCAACUUGAUAUUUCAAACCUGUUGAACAGUGAUUAUUACAAGGAGUAUUUACAAAGCAAACAAAAAGAAAUUAAUAAAAAUAAUAUCUCACCAGAUCACAAAAAAACCUCACCUCGUUUAAACUUAAUGCACAAAGAAAAGUACUAUAGUCUUCGAAAGUGCAGCUGUCCAAAUUUACAAAGUCAAUUUGAUGAACAACAACCUUUUUAUGUUGAAUGCGAUAAUUUAAGUCAAUCAAAGUCUGAAGGUAGUUCGCCUCAAUUGUCUAAAAAACUUACAAGUUCUUUAAUAAACAUUCCAGAUUUUCAUAAGCAAGAACACCAAUGCAAGUCAAUUGCAAAUACAAUAAGUCACCAAAGUAGAGACAAGAACAAUAAAUAUCCUCAACAAGAGCUUACUCAGUCUGAUGACGCAAUUGAUUUACAAAGAUAUAUGGAAAGUUUUGGAAAGUAUCGAUCUUAUUCCUUAACAAACUUGUCUUUUCUCAUAAAUGAGAAGAAAACACAAGAGUACAAUUCGAAAAUACUUCUCAAUUAUUCCUCCCAACGUCAACGCGAAGCUGAAGAAAGAUAUCACUGGCGUUUAAGUCGACUGGAUUCAUUUGAAGGAAUGCUAGCCAAGGUCAAUUCGUAUAUAAAUGAAGAAAGAAGGAAUUCAAAUCCUGACCUAAAUCAAAAAUUUCAAUGAACAUUUUAUUUUUAACUAUAUUUAUUACAAUAUAUUUAUGUCAUAUUUA